GUCGUCUCCCGGCCAUCACUACCGGGGUUUUUCAUCGCAGGGGAUCCAGGGAUAUAAGAGGCUGCAUCUUCGCCACUUCUGCAGUUGACUUCCCUAGUCUGCACUAGAACAUUUCCGCAAGAUGAACUUCCGAGUCGUCCUCCUGGUGGCGCUGGCGGCGGCCGUUUGCUCGGCGCAGGAGCAGUCCCCCCUCGGCCCCCUCCUCGAGCUCGUCACCGCUGAGGAACUCGACCUGUUCAUGAAAGCCUCGAGCAUCAACCUUGAUACCUGCAUCGGGAUUCUGAAGAACGGCGCCAAGUGUAGGAUGGGAGCUAAGCUGUUCCUUAAACUGGCUAACAGUCUCUCUGACUCCGGGUUCCAGUGCAACACGUGCAGCCCAGAGCACCAGUCUCUUAUCGACAGAACCUUGGCUAAGGUCAGAGCCAGUCCUGACUGUCCAGCGCUAGCCACGGCCAUUGCUCACGCUAAUUUAUGCUAAGGAACUCUGUGACAUGGUGCUGCGACAGAGGUAGUUAAUAAAUUUAUGU